CAGUCAAAGCUGCAACACAUUAUUCAUCCAAGAAAAGACGAAGAAGAAGACUUUCGCUUUAGCUGACUGGAGCUCCUGACAGAAGUUUCACUAUUACGAUGAAACAAUUACACAGAUGAUCAGCAAAUAUAGCAAAACUAACCUCAGAGAUCGCAUAGUCUUUUCUAAAGGAACGCUGAGUGUGUAACUUUGGAGUUUUAUCCGAAGUGAAGAUAUAAGAUGAACCGCUGCUAUGCUAAGAUGGCGACGUCCAGUCAAAGAGAAGGAGGAAGAGAACCAUCGCCACCAACUCCAGGGCAACCAUUAACGGAGAAAAAGCACCAAACCUCAGAUAACGACAUCCAGAAGCUAUUUGGUCAUCAUAAAGAACGUCCCAAUGAGCCACAUGGGUGGAGCUCCACAUGGAAGCAGCCCCCCCAUGUUAAAGAGCAAGACAUGGAACUCAAAAUCACACACGACGGAGAACGUCAUUCAAGGCCAGAAGAAGCUGAUCUCAGCACGUUUCCACUGACUGGUGUCUCUGUGAAGACUGAAGACCAUGAAGACAAACCACCAGAGUCCUUACGUUGGUUGUGUCCUUCAGACGUCGAGCAGCUGACUGGUUUUCAAAAAGAAUAUCCCCCUCGGCCACAGUGUGGGACCUCCACUUUGAAGCAGGAAGUUCCACAGCCCCUCCAGGUUAAAGAGGAAGAGGAGGAACUUUGGAUCACUCAGGAGGGAGAGUGUUUUAUAGGGUUGAAGGAAACUGAUGUCACCAAGUUGCCACUGACUGUAGUCUCUGUGAAGACCGAAGACCAUGAAGACGAACCACUUGAGUCCUCAAGUGAGGAGAACAUGACAACAGAAGCUGAUGGAGACCACUGUGGAGGAUCCCAAGCAGACAACCUCUUAGCUCCGCUAUCGGAUAGCGACGACACAACGUCACACUCCGCGGACGACACCCAAGAACCUUUGAGCAGCGACACAGACUGGGAAGGCGACAUGAGGACUCAAACUGACGACAAUCGCUCCAAGAAGAAGACGGGGACGAAGCAUUUCACUUGCUCGGUUUGCGCUAAAACGUUUUCACGUCAGAGUAAUCUGACGCAACACAUGCUGAUGCACACGGGGGAGAGACCUUUUGCUUGCUCACUCUGCGGCAAAAGCUACUCUUACCGAAAGAGCUUGACUUAUCACAUGCUCACGCACACGGCGGAGAAACCGUUGAGCUGUUCUCUUUGCGGUCACAGAUUCACGCAGAAGUCGAGUAUGAUUUCACACAUGAGAAGGCACACGAUAGAGAAACCUUUCGGUUGUUCCGUUUGUGGUAAAAGAUUCCCUACAAAGACGCGUCUGGUCGCUCACAAGAAAACACAUCGGGGACAAACGCUCUUCAGUUGCUCCGUUUGUGGGAAGAACUACACUUACAAAUACCUUUCCAAGUUUCACAUGAUAAUGCACUCGAAGGAAGACGCUUGUCAAGAAGAAGAAGAAGAAGAGGAGUCGGCCUCAGAUAAUCAGCCGAAACAUUACUGGAACCAAAAAGGCUUUGAAUGGUCGUUCUGAUAUUCAUCCUGUGGGAUGUUAGUUGAAAUGGGCCAUCAAGAGGGUCAAAGUAGUACACGCCUGUGUUAUGUGUACAACUACUGGCUUUCAUGUGACGUGGAAUAUUGUGAAAAUAUCAUUUUCACAAGAAAAAAGGUGUUUUUUUUUUCUACAGUAGAAGAAAAAUAUCGUACUCGAACAAGAAAAGGCCUCAUUUACAUGAGAAUGACGUAAUAUGAGGACAAGUAAUGUGAUUUUAGAAGCAUAUUUCAUUGUUCGGCCCUUUGUGUUGAGUUAUGGACUCCUAUAGAGCAGCUCCACACAAUAACCAGCACACAAAGCUUUCUAGAUCUUCCAGAUUCUGCACCUAUUCAGCUGCAUUUCUUUGGAUGUCAUGCUCAGUCUGUAUUAAUGUAUUCCAGGCACGCAAACUCCGCUGUGGUUGGUCACUCCCGAGUGCUUACGAGGACUUCCAGAUAGCUGCCGAACCCAACUUUAUAGGAGUUGAUAAUAAACGGUGAUUCAUCUUUU